AUGGAAUCACAGCUGGUGCUCAGGGUAGCGGGGUGGGCUGGGAGCAGCGAUCCGGGAGGGCUGCGGGAGCCUCGGCUGAGCUCCUGCGCGGCCCCCGGUCCGGACGGAGCCCACUCGAACCCAGCCCGGCCCCGUGCCUCGGCUCCCCGGGAUGCCCAGGGGUCCUUUGUGCCCGGCGGAGCCGUUUGUGGGGCAGCGCUCGGGGCUGCCGGGGCACCCGGGGCUGUGCCCGUGGAGCCAGCGCCCGGGCAAAGGUUCCUUUGGCUCUCCCCGUGUUGGGCACGGACCCGGAGCGAGGGAGCCAGGACUGCCCCCGUGCCCUGCCGGCCCCACAUGGAACUCCCGGCGGAGGAUGGGGCUGAGGCACCCCAGGAGGGGAGCCCCGAGGCUGAGGGACCCCCGGGACAGCCAGCUCCCUCUCCUCCCACCCAGGUGCCCGAGGAGCCGCAGCGGCCGGCGGGGCAGUGGUCGGGGGCCGAGGUGGGCUCGUGGCUGGCGGCGCACGGCGGGGCCGCGGGGCUGGCGGAGCUGGCUCGGGAGCACGCCCUGACGGGCCGAGCGCUGCUGCGCCUGACCGAGAGCUCCCUGCGGCGCAUGGGGGUCACCCCGCGGAGCCGGCGCCGGGAGCUGCUGCGGGAGCUGCUGCGGCUGCGGCUGCUGCAGGAGAUGCAGGAGCUGCGGAGCAUCGCUGGCGAGUGAAGAUGAUGUCCCUGUGGAUGUCCCAGAGCCUGUGGGAGCAGAGGAGAUGGCAUGUGAGGACAAAGCAGCUGGGACUGAGCAACACGUGCAGGAACAGUGCUGGAGGAGCCCUGAGAUCACUGUGACCCCUCCAAAACAUCCAGAGCCUGCCCAGGGCAGGAAUUGAUAAGGACAGCAGAACCUUAGAAGCAAAGUUUGAUUCACAAGGCUGGGCAGUUACCCCAAGGAGGCAGAAAGCAGUCCCAGAACUGAUCUGGUGUCAAACAGGGGGUCACAAACACAAAGACACUCAUUGGAGUGCUGAAAAGCUUUUGAAGUGUUUGCAAAAAUCCAUAAUUGGGUCUAAGAUGGCUCAGACUGUGCAACCAAAAAUCCAACAAAGGGUAAUUUGUUAAAGAAACAGCACUAACAAGGCUAACAAAAUAAUGCUGGGAGCCAUAAAACCUGGAAAUGUUCUGGGUGAACAUUGGCACAUUGAUUUUACUGAAUUGCCCAGACAAGGGGGGGGUAGAAAUCCAGAACUAUAAAGUUCUGGUGGAGACCUUUUCUGGGUGGCCAGAAACCUUCCCUUGUCACACCAACCAGGUUAGGGAAGUGACUAAAGUACUGUCAAAUCAAAUAAAUACAAAAAACCCAAAAAUACAAUAAAUGAAAAAUUUGGGGUACCUUUGGGAAUGUCAUCAGACACAGAUUCCCAUGUGAUUGCAGAAGGAGCUAGGAACAGAAUAACUUAGGAAUAACUAGGAAUAAU